AAGGAGAGGUCAGUUUCUCUUUUAGACAAUUCCUGCAGAAACCUGCUGUCAUUUUCCACAGUGCUUUGCUGUAGUUCGAUCGCAUCGGUUUACUGAAACAUGUUUGCAGCCCCGGAGCAGAGGUCCCAUCUGGCUCUGGAGAACUUCAUCGGAGGAAAGUUCGUCCCAUGUCGGAGUCACAUCGACUCGUACGACCCGUCUACAGGGGAGAUUUACUGCAAGGUGCCUGACAGUGGCAAGGAGGAGGUGGAGGCAGCAGUGGCAGCAGCAAAGGAAGCGUUCCCCGGCUGGGCUGCCCGCAGCCCUGAGCAACGAGCUCAGAUCCUCAACAAGCUGGCAGACCUGAUAGAUGCAAACCUAGAGGAGCUUGCACAAGCUGAGUCCAGAGACCAAGGGAAAACAAUCACAUUCGCAAGGACUGUGGACAUUCCCCGAGCAGCACACAACUUCCGCUUCUUUGCGUCCUCUGUGCUUCAUCACACCAACGACUGCAGUCAGAUGGACCACAUGGGCUGCCUGAACUACACCAUCCGCUGCCCUGUGGGAGUAGCUGGUCUUAUAAGCCCGUGGAAUCUCCCCCUGUACCUGCUGACCUGGAAGGUUGCACCUGCAAUCGCUGCUGGCAACACAGUGGUGGCAAAACCCAGCGAGAUGACCUCCGUGACCGCCUGGAUGAUGUGCAAACUGUUGGAGCAGGCUGGAGUUCCUCCAGGAGUUGUAAACAUUGUUUUUGGGACUGGCCUGAAAGCAGGUGAUGCUCUCGUCGGCCAUCCUGAAGUCCCCCUGGUUUCCUUCACUGGCUCCACAGCCACAGCCCAGCACAUUACAACACGGAGCGCCCCCUACUGUAAGAAGCUCUCACUGGAGCUGGGGGGGAAAAACCCUGCCAUCAUUUUCGCUGACGCAAACCUGGACCAAUGCAUCGAGACUACAGUUCGCUCCAGCUUCUCCAACCAGGGGGAAAUCUGCUUGUGCACCAGUAGGAUUUAUGUAGAGAGAAGUAUUUACUCUGAGUUUCUGGAAAAGUUUGUUGCUGCAUCGAAGAAGUGGAAGACAGGUUCGCCCUCUGACCCCAGCAACAACAACGGAGCACUCAUCAGCAAAGAGCACCUGCAGAAGGUUCGAAGCUUUGUCGCACUCGCCAAAUCUGAAGGCGGCGUCAUCCACUGCGGUGAGGGAAUCGACCAAAUGGAUCUCCCUAAACGCAAUGCCAAUGGCUACUUCAUGCCGGCCACCGUCAUCUCAGGCGUGAGUGACAGCUCCAGAGUCAUGCAGGAAGAGAUCUUUGGCCCCGUCACCUGCCUCAGCCCGUUCGACACAGAGGAUGAGGCCGUUGCUAAGGGCAAUGGCGUGCGCUACGGCCUGGCUGCGACUAUCUGGUCCCAGGACGUGGGGAAGGUUCACAGGGUGGCCAAGCGGUUACAGGCAGGUCUGGUUUGGACCAACUGCUGGCUGGUGAGAGAUCUGAACCUGCCCUUUGGAGGCAUGAAGAACUCAGGUGUGGGGAGGGAGGGAGGGAAGGAUUCGUACCACUUCUUCACAGAGGUGAAGAGCGUCACCAUCAAGCACUGAGGGUGGAGAGGAAGUUGGCAGCAGAGGCAUGUCUUGAAGGGAGUUUACAGUUAAUUCCGACCUUCAUCAACCUCUGAGUAAAACUCUUAGGAAUUUUAACAACAAAUUUCUCCGCCCAUGCUCUCGGGCUACUUGAGCUUGUAAUAAAGUCACAUUUAAAGAAAAUCAAAGUGAGAGAAAGUCUCAGUGACACAAAACCGAUUAAUAAACCAGCAGAAUCAAAUAGAAAUCUAUAGUGCUGAAGAAAUAGCAUAGAAUGUAGUAAACGUAUGCACUGCGUGAAGUCUUUGAAAAGACGUCAAAAUGUAUGAAGUAAGGUUUAGCAGCUUAGUCCAACAAACUCAGAUAAAUCAAAUAGAAAUCAUUCUCAUGAAGCAGGUAAACACAGAGAGAGUAUGAGUUUGUGCCUUCUGGGUUCACCAAAGAACUAAUCGUUUCAUCAGCAAUAAACACUGGAACUGUUGGAAUUUGUUCAGCGUCUGUGUUGUAAUGCAUACAUGUGUUUUCCAACAUUAAAAACACCUUAUGUAAAUAACACCUGUUCAGUCUGGGUUAUGUCACUGUUGUCUGAGGAAUGCUGUAAGACUUGAUAGUAUCUGAGGCAAAGUCGGUAAAUGAUAAAAGUGGAAUUCUACAUCUGUAUCAAUAAAACAGUUCCAACACUCAUUUUGAAAUUAA